AUGCAUAAGGCUUCUUCGGCGCUCGCGUUGAAGCGCUGGGGCCACCCGCUGCCCGAAGCCGCACGGCGAGAGAAGACGAGCGGGAACCGCGUGCGCGGGGUGCUGACGCUGCCGUUCCAUGGAGAUGUAGACACGAAUGGCUUGGCCUGGUUUUAUAACGGGUCGAACAAUGCCAUCAACUCCAACUGGGUGCCGUACGAAAGACCAGAGAUCGUCGAGCAGAUGCUCCCGGGGUGGGUCCACGAGGCACUCGAGGCUCACGAACGCACCAACGAGAUGCAGAACCUCGUCGUAGAUACGCUAGAAGCCCUGAAAGACUAG